UGUGGUAACCCGACCCGCUUCCAACUGCAAGAGGAGAAAGAAUCAAAAAGAAAUUGUUUCCACAGUUACGCCGGCCGGUGAUUCGCAAAGAAAUGUAACAGUAACGAAACAAAGUGAAGCGAUUUUUGCUUUUGUUUUUUUUCCCUUCGUUUCGAAAUUUUGCGUGGAAAAUGAGAGGAGAAGCUGCUGAGCGCUUUACUUGUUCCAGUCAAAGCUUGCCUCCCGCUGUCUGCAGCAACCAGGUAUAUCCUGCAGAUUUAACCACACCAGGCUGUCCAUCAAGCCGGCACUUAUCUGCGCAGUACCCACAAUUGUGCCAUGAAUCUUUGAAUCCUGCAAUUCCUGAACAAUCCACGCAGCUUUACACUCAGCCAGGAAUUGGCCUCCUGAACAAAUCUAAGAGAUGUGAUCCAACAAGAAUUGUUUUGAUCGUGCUUUUGCUGUUGGUCAUAUUUGGAGGAGCUGCAGCCAUUUUGUGGUAUUUUGUCUGUGAGAUACCAAAUGGCAGAGUUUACUUCAGUGGUUCAGUUCACCUUGUAAAUGCCAUCUUCAGUCCUGCAUUAACAGACAGCAGAUCCCCUGAGUUCAUUCACUUAGCCAAUCAGGUUGAGGAACCAUUGGCCGAAAUGUUUAGAAGAUCACAGUUGGCGCAACGCUUUGUCAGUCUCAAUGUCAUCGCCUUUAGUGAAGGAAGUGUUUUAGCUUACUUCAUGCUUACAUUCUCUGUGGGGAAAAAUAGACUUCUGGAAGACAAUAAGGUCCUACACGCAGUUGAUAUGGUUAAGGUAUUGAAUAACUACAUGAGGAAACCAACUGAAUCAAGCAAUACAACUGAGCAUUUGGAAAAGUUUCAUGUAGACAUCAAUUCUGUUAACAUUUACGAAACAGAAAAUGAUGAGCAUUCUCUCUUCUCGGAAGAAGCAUGUCCUGUGACUGAUAGAAGAAUCCAGUGGCACAAAGCGUCAUCAUGUCGUUGGGAGAUGAGGGCGCCUGAAAACCAUUUGCUGCAAUUCACAAUUGAGAAAUAUUUUAUGAAUGAUGAUUGUAGCCUGAAUUACAUUGCACUUUACGAUUCAUUGGUGCCUGGAAAAAAGAAACUAAUCAUCAGGAUUUGUUCCAGCAGCCAACUCUUUCCCUUGCAGACCUUCACUGUGACAUCUUCAGGGAAUGUGAUGUUGGCUAUAUUCUUUUCACAAUCCCAAAAUAUGAAUCAAUUUGAAGCUACAGUACAAUAUAUCAAGACAACAACCUGUGGUGGAACUAUAACUGCUUAUAAUGGAUCACUGUCCUCUCCAUUGUAUCCCAGUAACUACCCUCCAAAUAUCAACUGCCUCUGGACAAUUACAGUACCAAACCCGAAGCUGAGACUCCGGAUCCAGUUUCCAACCCUGAGAUUGGAAGGCUUACAGCCAAACUGUGAAAAAGACUGGAUUUCAAUUGAUGGUAAACGAUACUGCGGUGAACACUCCAGGUCAUUGGUGGUACCUAGUGCCUCUAAUGUUCUAAAAGUACAGUUUCACUCAGACUUUUACACCAGUAAUCUUGGAUUUCGUGCUGAAUACAGCAGCUUUGACCCUGAAGAAGAAUGCAAAGGAAUGCACAUAUGUGGAGAUGGAAAAUGUGAGCUCAUGAGCAACAAGUGUGAUGGUUGGUUUCACUGCAAAGAUAAAAGUGAUGAGAUGAACUGUGUGUGCACAGCAGAACAGUUUAAGUGUCAUAAUAAUAUGUGUAAGCCCUUAAUCUGGGUCUGUGAUGGAGUUGAUGACUGUGAAGAUAUGAGUGAUGAAAGUAACUGUGAUUGCCCAGCUGGGUUCUUCAGCUGCCAGAAGAAUAACUGUUUGUCCAUUGGUACCAUAUGUGAUGGAAAUGUUGACUGUCCUGAUGGCAGUGAUGAGAAUGACUGUGAAAAAACAGAUAUCAAGUGCACAACCAACACUUACAAGUGUGCCAACGAAAAAUGCAUUGCCAAACCCAAUGCAGAAUGUGAUGGUGUAAUGGAUUGUUUGGACCAUAGUGAUGAAUCCAAUUGUGACUGUGGAAACCGACCCUUCCUUCAAAGUCGAAUUGUCAAUGGUAAUGAUGCGGAGCUUGGUGAGUGGCCCUGGCAAGUCAGCCUCCACUUUGAUACCUUAGGGCAUACUUGUGGUGCAACGCUGAUAAAUACUGGGUGGCUUCUAUCUGUCUCACAUUGUUUCCACGAUGUGUAUCCCUACAAGUACUCUGAUCGACUAUUAUGGAAAGCAUACAUUGGACUUCAUUCCCAAAGUUUUUCGGAAAGCUUUGUAGAAACACGACUGAUUAAACGGAUGCUUAUUCAUGAGCAAUUUAAUAAUUUCACAAUGGACUAUGAUAUAGCCUUGCUUGAACUUUCAGACCCUGUAGUGUACAAUAAUUACAUUCAACCAGUGUGUCUUCCAUCAGCAUUACAUGUGUUUCCUGCAAAUCGAAAAUGUUAUAUUACUGGUUGGGGUUUACUGCAAGAAGAAGGUCGUCUUCCAUUGGUCCUUCAAAAGGGUGAAGUAAGAAUCAUUAAUCAAACAACAUGCAAUAACUUUAUAGGAAACAUUGUGUCAUCACGAAUGCUUUGUGCGGGAUAUCUUACUGGACAAGUAGAUGCCUGUGAAGGUGAUUCUGGAGGACCAUUGGCUUGUGAGGAACCAUCAGGAAAGUGGUUUCUUGCAGGAAUUGUGAGCUGGGGUCAAGGAUGUGGUCGAUAUGGGCACCCUGGAGUUUACACGCGAAUUACAAAGUUUCAAGACUGGAUUCAGAGAAACAUGGGAAUCAACAGCAAUUGAUCAAAAUUGUUACAUGCUGAAAACAAAUUUUAAUUUAAUUCAAGUAGUGGUUCCUGCUGUAAUACUCACGUUGCUCCACCAGUGAAGUACCCAAAUGUUUAAUUAUAAUUCUACCUUCUACAUUACUUACUUGGCUCUAAAGAAUUUUAGUUAUCGUGACUUGAUUUCAAGUUAAACAUGGCCAUUAUUGCUCCUUUUUAUUGCUCCACAAUGAUAGCCCACUGAAUGUCAUAGUGUCAUUGAGACAUUGUGGUACAGAAUGAGCACAAUUAAUGUAUUGAGCAUGUGUGGUACUCCUUAAAACAACUGACUAAUUCUCACUUCCUUGCUUUAUCUCUGCAGCCCUGAAACUUAACAUCUGCCAUGUGCCUAUUCAGUUUCUAUUUGAAAUUAUUGAAUGUCUCAGCUUCCACCCCACCAUAGGCCAUCAGUUCCUGGUCGUUAUCAUUUGCUGUGUGAAAAACAGGUUCUUUCUCAAUACACACCACUACAUCUCUUGUCAAAACCUUCAAUCUGUGUUCUCUAGACCUCGUACAUUCAGUUAAUGGAACUCUCUACCUUACCUAAAUCUGUUAUUAAUCCCCACAAAUCACCUGUCAAUCUCCUUUCUACCAGGAAAACAUAUGCAACUCCUCAAACUUGUGUUGAUAUUCCUUCAUCCCUGGUGAUCUUCUGGGAAAUCUCCUGUGCAUUUCCUCAAGGACCUAUAUACUCUUCUUAAAGUUUGAAGAAAAUAUUUCUUCCAAAAUGUACCAUCUUAUGUUAUUCUGUAUUAAAUUCUAUCUGCUACUUGUUACUUCCAUUCUGGAAAUCCUGUUGCAGUCAGUGGUCUCAUUCUCACUGUUCGCCAUACUUCCAAGUUCAGUAUUAUCAGAAAAUUUUGAAAUUUUAUUCUGAAAUCCUAUAUCCAGAUCGUUCAUGAAUAAUCAGAAAAGCGAACUUUUAAAUAUCUAACCCAGCGGUUUUUAAAAUUUGUGCCAUGACAAAUUUUCAAGUCCUUACUUCCAAACGCCUCCUAAACCUCAAAUGAUAUUUAUCACUGCACGUGCAGAAGAGAAAGGAAAACCAUUUGAUUAUGCAGUCUGUGUGCCUUGAUACUGAAAAGAUUGGGAGUCACUGGUCUGACAUGACACUAUUCUGUGAGCCUCAAUUUCAUUUCGUCAAAAAUGUUUUUAAAAUCCAUGCACCAACAUCCAUUGCAUUCCCUUCAUUACCAUUCUCUGUUACAUCAUCAAAAAAUUUAAUUGGAUUUGUCAUAUAUGAUACCCCUUUCGUAAAUCCAUGCUUGCUCUCCUUAAUCAGCGUGAAUCUCUCCAAGGUUGCCUGUUGUUCUUUUCCCUGAGUAUUGUAUCUAAAUUUUUUACCAUUACUGAUAUUAAACUGGACUGACCUGUAAUUAGUUGCAGUGACAUUGCAUCCUUUCUUGAAUAAGAGUGCCACAUCUUCUAAUCCGUAAUACUCUGGCACCUCCACCACAUAAACGGAAGAUUAGAGAUUUUAGCAUGCGUUUCUGCCAUCUCCUCUUCCUCCACCUUAGCAAACAGUGUUGUUAGACACCCAGACCAGGCAAGUUAACUACUCAAAACAUAGCCAGCCUUUGCAGCUUUCCUGCCUAACAAUUUUCACCCUGUCUAUUACAUCUAUCAUCUCCACAUUUACUAAUUUUAUUAACAUCUUCUUCCUUAGUAAGUAUCAAUACAAAAUUAAAUGUUGAAUAUUCUAGUCCUACCUAUACUUUCAGGAAUAUAUCACUGUCCUUGUCCCUAAUAGGGCACACUCUAUGUCUUAAUAUCUGCUUUUUAUUGAUAUCCUGAUGGAAGACUUUGAGAUCUUUUUAUGAUAAUUGCUGUGUUUUCUCUCAACUAUUUGCCAGUCUUACUUUCUUCUUCACUCACCUCUCAACUUCUUGUGUUUGGUCUAAUUCCCACUUGAAGAGUUCACCCACAUGCAUCAAAUAAUCGCCCAUUAUCAUGUUACCAUUUUUAUGGUCAGUCAUUGGUUUCUUUCUGCUCUGGCUAAUUCCCCUCUCAUCCUAUUGAGGUCAGUCAUCUUCUAGGUUAGAUGUUAUACUUUCGAUUGUUCCAUUUUACUUUUCCAUUACUAACCUAUAUUUGUGAUAUUAUAAGUACUCCUAUCCUAGUGCUUCCCCACAGAUACUUAGCCCACUUCAUUUCCUGGCACCAAAUCCAGCAGUGUCUUCUUUCCAAUUGGACACAACUGAUAAGAAAGUUCUUUCGAAUAAAUUUCAGAAACUCUUCCAUCUCUUACAUUUACUCUAACAUAAUGCUAGUCAAUAUUAUAUAAGUUGAAGAUCCCAGUAUCACUGCACUGUACUUCUGGCAUGUCUCUAAUUUCUCUAUUGAUCUGGUGCUUUAUCUCUCUCUCUAGUUGCAGUCCCUGUAGCCUACUUGUUUCUCAUCUGUAACAAAAUUGGUUUUGUCUUUAUCCACUGAAGGCCAUCCUGUCUUUCAAAUGCUACACAUAUUUCCUAUUAAGUCUGCUAGCCCAUGCCCUGUUUUCCCUUCUCUAUGUUUAAUCCCUUUUAUUGUAAAUAUUAAGCAUACAGUUCUCGCCACAUUUAAGCCAGUUUUCCAUUAUUGUCACAACAUCAUAUUCCCAUAUGGCUAUUUGUGUUUUUUCCUCACUAACCUUCUUCGCCACAUUUGUGUUUUUUCCAUACAUGCAUUGUAAACCUCUCUUUCUAUUGUCCUUAGUCUUACAUUGUACAACUUUAUUCUCAAAUAUUAUCGAACACUCCCUCAUGCUCCUUAUUUCUCUUGCCCUUACCUUGAUAUGUUACGCCCAUCUUCUGCCAAUUUAUCAUAAACAUCCACCCCAAACACACCUCCACUACUGAACCUUCCCAAGAGUCCUGUUGAUGUCUGCCCCAUUCCUUUUGAAAAAGAUAUCCCCUACACAGAACUGAUAGCAGUGCUUCAAAAGCCUGAAGCCUUUCCUCCUCCAGUAUGCCAUAGACUUUGUGUUAAUCUGCCUUAUCCUCCUCUUUUUACUGUCUGCCUUAUCCUCCUCUUUUUACUGUCGCUAGUAUGUGGAAUUACAAGUAAUUCAAAGAUUAUUACUUUUUAGGUCCCACUUUUUAACCUACCCAGUGCCUGAAAAGCUGGCUGAAUUACCUUGUUACCUGUCCUCCCUGUAUCAUUGGUACCAACAUGCUUCACAAAGUCUGGUUUACUCUCUUCUCUUUCAUGAAUAAUCUGCAUGCCGUCUGUAGUAUCUUUUACCUUGCCCCUAGGGAGGCAACGCGCAAAGCAAGACUCAGUGAUGCUCACAGAAAUACCUGUCUCUCUCCCCCCCAACAAUGGAAUCCCUUACAACAAUUGUACUUCUGCACGAUUGAUGUUCCCUUCUGUGUCGUCCAUUGCCCAUUGGGUGCUGUGAUCCCUCUGCACUCCUUCAAGAUUUUGAUGUUCCUUGCAGUCUCUAAUGCUGAACACUGGUUUGCGAAUAGCAAGCAAACCCGAAAUUCUUAACCUUCCAGAUGGUUGUUCAUCUUCUAUCCUGAUAUCUCACUGCCUGAGGCAUGACCACAUUCUGGAACAUAAAUCUAGGAUACAAGACAAUGCUUCUUGAAGCGCUGCCAUAGCAGCAAGGAAAGAAUCAAACUAUUUUGAGAUUUUAAAAAUAUGUUUGUUGUGUAGUGUGGAUGCGUACUUUCCAGCCACUCUUUAAAAUCUGUGCUGCAUUACAAACCUGGUUGAGAAAGUCAAUAACAGCUUCAGUAAUGAAGUUAUCAGUCCAAAAGUAGUGUUUACCCUUUGGGUUUCAGGUAGACAGCAGCUAUUCACUAAUUAUAUUACACUACUUAAAUGAAGCUUGAAAUUUUCUUUCCUGCAUGUAAACCUUUUCUCUUUGGAGCUUAUAACGUCCAAUGCCAACAUCUUGUUUUAUUCAAAUUAAUUCUAGAAAGUUGCAAAACAUUCUUACGUGAUACAAGUUCCCCUUUAGAACUUUUUUUUACGCCUAGCUUGAACUCAUCCCAGAUGAACAGUCUGUGAUAUGAAGUAGAAACGUGCCAGAAUCUAGAUGAUCGCUUGUACUAUUUCGUUGUGAAAUCUGGUUAGUCCCUGAGUCAAAAGUUAGACUAUACCAAAAAUAAGCCCAGUGCUAAAGGUACCAUGUGAAAGCAAAUUGAGGCAUUUUCUGCAAGUAACUACAUUGCAGAGGUCAGCUCAGCAUCCACUUCCCAAACUAACUAACUAUAAUUAUCUACAAAUAAAUGAGGUGAAAAGGUUUAUGAUGUUUCCUUUUAACACUAAUAAAAAUCUCAAUAUUAAUGUGUUGAUAUAAAGUAUCUUUAGUUUGGGUAAUGUAUGUGGACAUCAAAUAACAUGAGAAUAAUUUAAUUAAUUAAUAUCGAUUUUAAUCCUAAAAACUACCAAACCGACCGCCACUACCUGGUGACAUGUGAUGAAUUUUGAAUUCGACCAAGUGUCCUGAGGAGUUAGGCACGAUCCUAAUUUAAAGUCUAAAAAUCUGAACCCACUGAUGUCAUUCCAUCUCUGACCUGCGUCAGCUUGUGAAACCCCUCCCUCCAAUUUCCAUUCCCAGUCACCAGUUACCUUAUGCCAGCAUUUGAUCCCUGGUGAUAUCUAGAGUUUGUCAACUGACAGAUAUUAAUUGUGUCAGAUGGAAGGCAAAUAUGAAAUGUCUAAAAAUACCUCAAAGUUAAAAUCGGAAAGGCCUUACUAUAGGCUCUACAUGAUUCAUCAUUCCCCAUCACCCAAAAAUCUGUGCUGAAAUCAAUUCCAUUGUAUCAUUAUCAUAGCCAUUGAUUAUUCCCCUUAUUGUUGAACUGGUUAGGUCUGCUCAUUAUUUAAACCCUUGUAGUAUCCUCUUUGAAUUGUAAACAGUCCUUACAAACGCUGGAUUUUUGUCAGUUUUAAAUAUGAAAUAUAUUAAUGUAAGUAUUUGUGUGUGAUGACAUUUCACAAAAUUUACAUACUGGGGGAGUUUCAGCCUAGUUUAUUGCAAAACCUGUAUGCAAAAUCUGAUUUUAGUCAGCAUGAUUGAUUUUUGGGGCAAAUUAUAUAUUUGAUUGGCAAUGGCACAGUGGUGUAAUCCACAAAAUGAUUUGCCUUACCUUACCAAGUUCCUAUCUAGGUUUGGUUUUAAUUACAGAUAUAAUGAAAAUGAUCAUCCUUUUAGGUUUUAUUUAAAGUCAUUAUUAAGCAUCUGUGUAAUGGAAUAGUAAUAAUCAAGAAGUCACAUUGAAGUAAUGUUUUCCAUUAUAACUUACGUCAGCAUGGGAAAAUGGGUAUAGAUUUGAUAACAAUUUAAUGAAGGGAACAUCCCUUUUAGAUGGAAUGUAAUAAUCAGGGAAAAAUGUUUAACUACUGUACAGUGACAGGAA